AUGCUUUUCCCAACGCUUGUCGUGAUGAGGAAUCUCACUUCUUUUGCGACCAAGGGCUCAAUGCGAGGUGGUGUUCCUCGUGUUUAUUAUCCCUGGAUGAAGCCUGGUAGCUUCACACGUAGGCGAUUCGAAAAGAUGCGAAAUCCAUUUGUGGAUCUUGAAACCGGCACUUCACUCUAUUUCCGUGAUACGCGUGACUCAGCUGAGGCGGUUGCGCACGCGGCAGAUAGCAAAGGCCUCAAGGGCAUGGACAAUGGCAUCGAUCUCUACAACGAAUAUCGUAUUGUGCCCGAUCUAUACCCUGAGGGCUUUCAGUGGAAGCACAAACUUAACACCGAGUACAAUCAGUGGCGCUCUAAUACCUGGGUGACCCCAGAGCUCAUUCCACUGGAGCACCGUGGGAGGUUUCUAUGCAAUUUCCAGCUUAACAUUGUCGCCUAUGAUAUGCGUGUAGUCAAGUUUAGUCCAACAGAUCACCGUCAGUGGAUCUACUGCGUUCUGUAUGUUGGCACCGGUAAGGGAAUCGCUGGUUGGGGUCGCGCGGUCGCGCCAAGCACUCAGGAGGCGCGAAACGAAGCUAUUCGAGAGGCGUUUUCGAACAUUAUAGCUGUUGAUCUCGAACAGGAGGGCCCGAUGUAUCCUGUACGUGUAAAUGCGGAUGGCGCACGAGUGUUACUCUACCCUGCAAAGCGCAUCGUCGCUAAUUUUCGCGUUGCGGAUAUUUUAUGCGCGUUUGGCUUUCAACACGCGGGCUGUCGCAUCAAUAACCGCGCAGUCAACACUCCGCGGUCCCCUACGCACACCGUCGAGGCAGUCUUCGAGGCCGUCAAGGCUCUCCGAAGCAUCAGCGAAAUUGCCGCGAGUCGUGGAAAGGUUCCGCACUCCCUUAUCUAUAAUAUCUAUCCCUAUUUAGAAGAGAUUCGCCGCCGGAAAGGCAUGAUGGCCAUGCAUCCACCGGGUAAGGACGGUAUCUUUAUGCCAGAUCGUGUGGUUGACAAUCGAAUGCCGGACCACCUCAAGAGGGGCUAUUACGACGACGUUUACUGGAAGGAUUUCUUUGCGGGUAGCAAAGAGCAUCUGAGUGAGCCUAAGAUGGGGCUUCGUGGUGACGAGCUCCGGGCCAGGGUCGAGACCGCAUCCAGCACGACAAAUGACGCCAUGAGAUCCCAGCAGUCUAAGCGCCGCACGCUGGCUGAUCUUCUAAAAAAGUUAGGCAAAACUUACAAUGACUUGGGUUCACUCCCGGUGGUUAAUCCCCAUUUGGAUAUGAAACUACCGUCGCAUAUAAAGCGCAAUUACUUGCUCCACUAA